ACAUCCUCCAUGCGUGUUUAGAGUGAAGCUGUGUGAUGACAUUAUCGGUGCUUUUUAAGAUGUUUAUGAUUAAAGUUAAUGUUUAAAUAGUUAUUAAUAUCGCGUAUACAGUUUAGAAUAUUCGGUAUUUGAUCCAAAAUGGCGACCGACGUGUCGAAGUAAAGUUUACGGUUGUUUUUUUCCUCAAUGUUUGAAACUUCUAGAAAGUAGGAUCAACAUUUUGAAUUGAGUCUUGCCAUAGAAGAAGAAAAGACGUUUUAACCAAUCGUUGCUGUUAUGUUGUGUCAUUUUCCAGUGUUGUUGACAGAGAUCAUGGAGGGUUUGGAGGAGAAGCUCCGAGGUCUGUCCAUCGCCCGGCGGUGUCGCCCGGAGGAGCCCACCUACCUGCUGGACGUGGCCCUGCAGCCCGCCGGCCUGCUGGCGGUCUCCUGCUCCAACUUCACCGUCCACCUUCACAACAAGGACUCUCUGGACCUGGUGGGAGAGUACCGGGGCCACAGCGGGCCGCUCUGUGGGGUCGUUUUCUCCCACUCGACCCCUGACCUCCUCUACUCCGGGUCUGCUGACGGGACGGUGCGGGGGUGGGACGUCCGCCGGCCCGGCACCGAGGCGGUCCAGGUGUUUAAAAGCGACCCGUCACACAGCUACUGCAGCCUCGACCUGAGCUGCGGCGACGCGCUGCUGUGCGCCGGCACCGAGCAGGUGAACGAGGAAGACAGCUUCCUGGUGUUCUGGGACGUCAGGAAACCCGGCGGGAAGCUUCUCGGGGUGUAUUCCGAGUCGCACAGUGAUGACGUCACGCAGGUGCGCUUCCACCCUCGAGAUAAAGACCGGCUGGCGUCCGGCUCCACAGACGGCCUCGUCAACGUGUUUGAUCUGAGCCGGGGGGCGGAGGAGGAGGCGCUGCUCGCCACCUGUAACAGCGACUCCUCGGCGGGGUCGGUCUGUUGGUCCGGGCCGGGUUACACCCAGCUGCUGUGCCUCAGCCACGACGAGGGCCUGCACCUGUGGGAUCUGGGUCAGCUGGACACGGACGAGCCUCUCACCGUUUUCAGCACGUCUGACGCUCGCAGCCUGACGCCGCUGACUGAUGGGGGAGGCGUGGAUUACCUGGUGGGGGGGAGGUGGCUGGAGGAGGCGCAGAAGCUGAUGGUGGUCGGGGGGAAGAACAACGGCGACCUCCACCUGAUGGAGUGUGGCGACGGGGGGCUUCGUCUGCUGAGGAGCCUCGAGGGCGGCCACGCCUCCACCGUGCGCUGCUUCCUGUGGGACCCGGCGGCGGAGGCUCUGGUCACCGGUGGAGAGGAUGCGCAGCUGUUGCUAUGGAAACCAGGAGGGGAGGACCUCACGACGGGGAAAAGGGAGCCCAUGAAGAGCCGCUCGGCUUUGAGACUCAAAUCCAGGCCGCAUAAAAAGCACGGCUACCAGAGAGACAGGAAGGCGGCGAAGACGCUGAAUCACACUGACUGAAUAAAGAACAACCUGUCAUCAGCGCGAGUUUUACCCAUUAUAACAGUCAAACAGCAAAACAUCGAGCCGAACGUCACCAAACUACUAGUUCUUUAAGUUGCCUUUUAAUUAAUUAUACAAUAUAUAAUUUAUAUAUUUACAAUUCUCACUUUCUCCCACAACUUAAUUUAAAAUGAAUGUCUAUAAACUGUUUGAUAUGGUAAAAAAACAAACAUAUUGGGAUUAUUCUGACAGAUAUUGUGAUUGUGAACUCUCAUUAUAACGCUGUUUUGGCAAACAUUUUACUUUUAUCCAAAAAUUGCAGCUUUCGAAAUCUCGAUAAUAUUUCGAUUAACUGUGCAGCUCUACCGUCUCCCAUAAUUUAAUUAUCAGCUGAGACCGAGCGGAUGUGGUGAGGUGGAAAUAAAGAAUCCAGUGUGUUAUUACACUGAUUACAAACUGUGAUCAUUCUGAUCAAUAUUUAUUUAUUACUAGAAACUUGACAUCACAUCCUCUGAGGGCAGACUGUGGGUAAAAUGAACAUGUGACCUGGAUACAUUAAUUGGUGGGUAGUGGUCAACCGAUGUGGGUUGUUCAGUGGCCGAUGCAGAUGCCGAUAUUAGCCGAUAUAUAAUGCCGAUAUCAAAACAAAGAAAAGUCAUGUAUAAUAAUUUUCUGUUCUAUAGGACGUUCAGGUAUGUGUUUACGACAGGAUGAAACCAGUUUCUACACCAACUCACCAAGACUCACAGGAUUAUCUCAAUAUGCCGGAUAAUCAACCCGAUCAAUCAACCCGAUCAAUCGGUCUGUCAGUGGGUCACGUGUACUCAAGUACAAAUGACAAACCUACUCAAGAAAAAGUAAUCUGAGUAAAACAAAGUCUACUUCUGUUUGUGUUUGUAUUAAUCAGUCUCUGUAACGUCCAACAUCACAACCCUCGUGUGUACAACGCUGCCACCUAGUGGGUGAGGAGUUAAAUACUAAAAUCAAUACAGUGUUUUUGAGAAUCGAUAAAAUAUCACAAGACGAAAUAUUGCGAUAAGAUAUUUUUUGAUAUUAUUUAACAGCUCAAUCAUUAUCAUUUAUCAUCCUGAUCCAGAUACAGACUGAAUGUAAAGUGGAGCUGUGGUUAAAAAGGUUUACAGUCUGGAUUUAUGUGAACUCAAAGAUGUCGCUCUGCAGAUUAAGUCCCAUUGAUCUGUGAGUGAGCUGUUGAUUGGAUCUUUUCUUCCUCCAGUGGAACACAAAGGAAACUGCAGGAAGAUCCAUAAAAACAAACAACAGACAUAUUUAAAAGAUCUCUUUGUGAAGUGUGAUUGCCUUUAGUGUCGUACAUCAAUCUAUAGCUCGUACUGUGGUAUGAAGUUGAGGUUUUAUUUGCUGUUUUCAUUUUUAAAUUGACCAGAAAAAAGUGCUUUAUUGUGUCAUUUAGUUUAUAAUAUUUCUGCUUUAAAGUUGCUGUGAUUCAUUGAGCUGGAGGACUGUUGCCAUUGCACCACAUCCCGAAAGUCACCGGAGCUGCCCGGCACAGCGGGAUCGUGCUGAGGGAGCAGCUAUCGCUCUCAAAUGGCAGAGAGUGGAAUAACAUGAUUGGCAGUGCGAGUGUGCGACUGUGUGUGCGACUGUGUGUGCGACCGGAGAGGAAACCUGCAGUGAUUGAAGCUCAUCCAGAGACAUUAAAGAUUCUUUAUGUUUUUUAUUUAUCACAUUAUGAAAUAAAAAGCAUAUUUAUAUGGUGGUAAAA